AUGUCUUCCCGUACAAGAUGCGACUGGGAUUUUUCAUCUCAUCGCAUCGAAUACAAAAUCAUGUCUGAGCCCGAAUAUAAGCCUGUGCAUGUGGACCAGCCUAUCCCGACCACAUUUGACCUCGGAAACCUUGCUGCGUUCGACCCCAAUCCCCUUGAUAAUGAGCAAUUGAAAACGAACAAGGAACAGUAUUUGCAGUCCGUCACUAGAGACAAUGUUCAGCUUCUCGUGAACCAGAUUCUCUCGCUUCCUAUGAAGACCACUACCGACACACAUGGCUCGUCUACUGGCCAAGACUCAACCAUGACGCUUGCACAGCUUCCAGAACCUACAACGAUGCUUCCUCGAGAAAAGCCAAUUCCCAAACCAAAACCACCUACGAAAUGGGAACAAUUUGCAGCCAAGAAGGGCAUUAAGGCCAAGGCCAAGGACGGAAAGAUGGUGUACGAUGAAGCCACGGGCCAAUGGGUGCCCAAGUGGGGAUACAAGGGAAAGAACAAGGAGUUGGACGACCAAUGGCUUGUGGAGGUUGAAGACGAGCCCAAAAAUCAAGGCGAUGAACUCAUUGAUCCACGUACGUUGAAUCGUGCUGAGAGAAAGAAGCUCGUCAAGAAGAAUGAGUUGCAGCACAAGAGAAAUCUUCAGGGAAGAUGA